UCCCCCUCGCAAAGCUGUUUACAAGGAAGAUUAAUAAGAUUUCGCUGCGUGCUCUUCAGUUUUGUUAAAUUUGUAUUAAAUUUGUUUUUGUUUUAAUUCUACAAAUAUGGCAUCAAACAAUGUUGAACCCAUGCAACUGGAUAUGCCGAUGGACGAUGGAAGCUCCGCUGAAGGUGGUGACAUCGGCUCUACAUGGAAUGAUACUUCCUAUUCAUCUAAUUACCUGGUCGAAAAUCCCACUCUAGACUUGGAAUUUUAUGCAAGUUGCUAUUCUGGAAUGGCUAAAAUUCAACGUCUCCUAUUCAUUGCUGAUCAUUGUACAUCUUUGCGUGUUGAUGCUCUUAAAAUGGCACUAAAUUACAUAAAAGAAAACACCUUUAAUACUAGUUUAUACACACAAAUCUAUUGCCGGUUAACAGAAGCCUUAAAACAGCAAGGUUUGACACCUGAAAAAGUUAUUGGUCAAAUAGAUUCAGCUUGGAUCGAAAGCCGCAGUAAAAAAGGUGCAAGUAAUCUAGAAAAGCUUGACACGGAUCUUAAAAAUUACAAAUCAAAUUCAAUUAAGGAAAGUGUAAGGAGAGGACAUGAUGACUUGGGUGAUCACUACCUCAAACUGGGUGACAUAAGCAAUGCUUUGAAAUGUUAUUCAAGGUCUCGAGACUAUUGUACUAGUGGUAAACAUGUCGUGAAUAUGUGUUUAAAUGUGAUCAAAGUCAGUAUUUAUGCCCAAAAUUGGAAUCAUGUGAUGAGUUAUGUGUCAAAGGCUGAAGGAACCCCCGAAUAUUCACCUAAUAGUCCAAUAGGCACAAAACUUCACUGUGCUGCCGGAUUGGCUGACUUGGCUAAUAAAAAAUACAAGUCAGCUGCUAAGCAUUUCUUAGCUGCUAAUUUUGAUCAUUUUACGCCUGAUUAUUGGGAGAUACUAAGUCCGAACAAUGUUGCCAUUUAUGGUGGAUUAUGUGCAUUGGCAAGUUUCAAUAGGAGUGAACUGCAUCGUUUGAUUAUCACAAGCUCAUCUUUCAAAUUGUUUCUCGAACUGGAGCCACAGUUAAGAGAUGCCAUCUCGAAAUUUUAUGACUCUAAAUAUGCCAGUUGCCUUUCCAUAGCAUCCGAAAUGAAAGACAAUCUCUUUUUAGACAUCUAUCUUGCUCCACAUAUUAAAAUACUCUACAAUAUGAUUCGAAACUUAGCACUGGUUCAAUAUUUUUCACCAUACUUAUCGGCUGACAUGAACAAAAUGGCCGCAGCGUUUAAUACCAAUGUGAAUGCUUUGGAAAACGAGUUGAUGCAGCUCAUUUUAGAUGGUCAAAUUCAGGCACGCAUAGAUUCUCACAAUAAGAUAAUUUACGCCAAAGAUGUGGAUCAGAGAACAGUAACUUUUGAAAAGGCAUUCAAUAUGGGCAAGGAAUGGCAGAAAAAAACUCGAGCAUUAAUAUUGAGAUCAGCGAUGCUCGAAAAUGGUAAUAUUAUAGUUAGAAGUCCGCCUCAGACUCGUGGAGAUGACGGUUCCAAUCCAGUCACUCAAAAUAAUCACACAGCCAGCAUCUCUGUUGUGGCUAAAUAAAGUCGCUGUUGAAUAAUAUUAAAACAAUGAUUAAAACAAGUGGUAUAUAAUACAUCUAUGUUUCUCACUUUAUUAUUAUUAACACUUCUGUGUCUCUUUAAUAAAUAAUUUCUUAAAUAUA